AUGAUGGCUGAUGACCUCGCAUCAUCAGCACCCAACGACCGACGGUACUCUCUCUGCGCUGACAGAGACUGUGGCCGGGAGUCGUUUUCCACGUCCCCGAGGCGGAGACAUGCAAAGGCUCAAGGAUCACACUGCGAGGGGGCAGAGGGAAAGAGACGCUGUGAAGAGCAAAAGGAAGAAGGGAGUCCGUCGCUGUGCCCGGCUCCUGCGACUGCAGCGAAAUCUGGCUGUCUAGUGGUCGUGAAAAUCGGCACCAGCACUCUGCUGACUGUUGCAAAAGGACGCAUGUGCAUGAAUCUCUCCAACCUCGGGAGGUUCGUUGACACGAUCUGCGAACUCCGAGCGCGAGGUCACACGGUGAUUAUCGUCUCGAGCGGGGCUGUCGGCGCCGGCUGCGUCACACUGAGACUCAGAGAGAGGCCUGAGCAUCUGAACAUGAAGCAAGCUCUGGCGGCCGUCGGGCAGUGCCGGCUGAUGCGGCUCUACGAAGACUUGUUCAGCAUCCGUGAGGAGAAGGUGGCUCAGAUGCUGGUCUCGCGGCACGACUUGCUCCAACAGAAGUCCUAUCAAAACUUCCGCUCCGCCCUCAAAGCUCUGCUGGCGCUCGAUGCCAUUCCGAUCAUCAACGAGAAUGACACUCUCGCGACCGAGCAACUGCGCUUCGGAGAUAACGAUACACUCUCCGCGCACAUCGCUGUGGCGGUCGACGCCCACUGGCUGUUCAUCCUAACUGACGUCGACUGUCUGUUUGACCGAAAUCCUCACAAACACGCAGACGCGCGCCCCGUGGCCCUGGUAGACCGCCUGACAGACGUGUAUGCGUUCCUCUCGGAUGGCGACUGCGGCGCGUGGGGGACUGGCGGUAUGCACACGAAGAUCAUCGCCAGCAAGCUGGCAACGAAUGUGGGCGUUCACGUCGCGAUUUCCAACGGCCAGCAUCCAGAAAGAAUUCUCGACAUACUCGCGUACGCGCAGCAGCGAGACGGCACCCCGCACCCCCUGGAGGAGGCUGCGCUGCCUCGCCUCUCCCUCUUCCCGAUGCGCGCGCCGAUGCGACAGGAGACCGGAGACGCCUGCGCCCAGGCCCGGGCUGCUGAGUCCGCGGAGGCUGCGGCCUGCAGACGAGAAGACGCAGCGGCCACCGGACGGCUAGAGGAAAAGAAGGGGAAAAAGAAGGGCGAAUGGUCCCCGACCAAGAGAAAGGGACAAGGCGGAGAACAGGAAGGCAACGGCGCCUUCGUGGAGACCGCGGCCGGCGGGGGAAUACCGGGAAUGGAGACAUGGCGACGCGACCCCGCCGCCGGUUGUGCGAAGGAAGGACAAGAAGAGGCACGAGCCGCGAAGGCCAUAGACAACGCGAGAGAUUCUCAUCUCCCUGCAGAUGCUUCGCCGUCAUUUUCAGCUUCGGUGGACGUCGGAGCGAGGCAGAGUUCCGCGUGGGAUGUUGGCGAGGCCGCAGACGAACGAAGAAGCCGAGCGAUUUUCGAAAAAGCAGACAAAGAGGACAUGGGGCCCGGUCAAGGCGGAGGAGACAAAACGAAGAAAGAAAGUGUGGGGAGUGGGCACGAACCAACCGACGACUGCACUCCAAAACUGCGCGCCACUGGAGGGCAGCCCUUUCCUUCUCUUUUGAUCUGUGACAGUAUUCAGCAGAUGCCGUUUCUUGGGACUAUUUUUAUAGCGAAAGAUCGGCGUUCGCACAAAAAGGGCGAUACUCGGGGCUGGAUCUUGUCUUUGCCUGUUCGCGGAAAAAUCUUUAUCGACCCAGGCGCAGUCGCGGCUCUUGUGCAGCAGAAAAAAUCUCUCUUUGCAGCAGGUGUCCGGCACGUAGCGGGCAACUUCGCGGCGAACGAGUGCGUGGCCGUCUACGUCACAAGUUUUUCUCGCGGGGGCUCCAAGCGUCUCGCAGGUCAAUUUCCAGGGGCGAAGAGCUAUCCGACACUGGCAGACGCCGCCGCGCAGUCAGGGAGCUGUAAACGGGAGGCGUCUGCUUUGGGGCGGAAAACCAGCAAAGGCGGGCAGAGCCGCGUGGAUCUAACCAGCCUUGACAAGGUGCAGCAGACAGCAAGUGUCGAGGAUGAGCCAGGUUGGGUCGAUUCCGGGGCUCCCGACACGCUCGAGUCGCCUCCCCGAAGCAAUGUCUCUGCGUCGGCCGCAAACGGCCCCUCUGCUCGCUCGGCGAUCUCGAAUGGUCUCGUGCCGCCUGCCCUGGCUUCCAGCGACGCGACAAGAGACGGGGAGACGGCUGCCGAGCGAGCCGUCGAGACUUCUGAUUCACUGUAUGCGUCCACCGGACUGGGCUUUUCGGCGCCCUCGUGCCCCAUGGAAUGCCUUGAGAUCGCACGGUGCAUCUCCAACGUCAGCAGUGCGGAGCUGAAGACGAUUAAAGGCCGAAAGAGCAGCGAGUUCCGCGACCUCCUUGGAUACGCCGUCGAUGAGGAAGUCGCCCACCGCCAGCACAUAGUCUUCACGUUUAUGAACGGGCACGAGGCCCUGAAAAACUUUUGCCUCUGCAAAAAUCCGAGCCAAGAGCGCGAAGAGGCUACAGAGCCGGUGUAG